UGCGUGUUAUACUCUGUAUGCAUCAGAAAACAAACACAGGCAUACACUUGGAGAGUGUAUCUUGGUCUGUUGUUGUCUUUGCAUUCUAAUUACUUUUACUUAUUCUAAUACUGUUUGAUUAUUUAAAGGAGAUUUUUAUUUGUAAUUUUCUUUUAUUUUACUUUACAUAUAUUACACACAUUUAUCUGUAUUACACUGCUUUUAAUAAACACAAGGCCUCCCGUUGUGAGGACCCUGAAAAGACAAGAAGGUCUAAGUCUGACUCCUUCAUCUAAAGAUUCAAACAAUAGAUUAGGUAGAAGGACUUGAAGAGGAGGGGGCACGGUGGGUUAGCACGUUCGCCUCACACCUCCAGGGUCGGGGUUCGAUUCCUGCCUCCACCUUGUGUGUGUGGAGUUUGCAUGUUCUCCCCGUGCCUCGGGGGUUUCCUCCGGGUACGCCGGUUUCCUCCCUGGUCCAAAGACAUGCAUGGUAGGUUGAUUGGCAUCUCUGGAAAAUUGUCCCUAGUGUGUGAUUGCGUGAGUGAAUGAGUGUGUGUGUGUGCCCUGCGAUGGGUUGGCACUCCGUCCAGGGUGUAUCCUGCCUUGAUGCCCAAUGACGCCUGAGAUAGGCACAGGCUCCCCGUGACCCGAGGUAGUUCGGAUAAGCGGUAGAAGAUGAAUGAAUGAAUGAAUGAAUGAAUGAAUGAACUUGAAGAGGAUCCUUUGUUAGGAGACCGAGGGACUUCGAAGGACACCUGUGUUCAAGACAAACUCCUCUUCACCUGGCUGCAGAGAAUGGACCACUUUGAUGUAGUGAAGCUCUUUCUAAAGUACAGGCAUGAUUUAUCGUCACUGGACAACGUGGAGGGAGCCACAUGCUUCAGCAUCGCUGCAGCUAAGGGCAGUGUGACCGUCAUCCAAGAACUGCUCACAUUCAGCCAGGGAGGUCUCCUCCGAAACAAAACAAGUUCAGUAGGCACAAAGGUUAACAGCUCAUCUCCUCUGCACUUGGCUGCUUCAGGGGGUCACACAGAGGUUGUUAUGGCUCUUUUGGAGGCUGGGGCUUCAGCUACAGAGGAGAACUUAGUGAGAUCACUAAAUCUCAAUACCUCAACACAGUAUUAUAACACAGUCCAGAUGCCUAAACAGCAUUACAGCACAACGCAAACACGCAUAUAACACAUCUAAAUACAGUGGCUUAUACAGUACUGCACUUGACCUUGCCAGUUAUAAAACCGCAAUAUAUUGGUGCUUGACUACAGGAGGGAAUGACCGCUAUCCAUCUGGCUGCCAGGCAUGGACACAUACAUAUCCUGGAGGUCCUGAAAGCAAAUGUCUCUCUGGAGAUCACCAGCCCCAAGUUGCCUUCCGUGUGUGUGUGUGCGUAGGUUUGUUGGGUGGUUUUGGGUGGGUGAUGAGGAGUGGAUGUGUUUAUGGAGUAAUACUGUGGAUUCUGGUUCAUUUUGACACAUUCAUUGAGAACUGAAAAAUCAGAAGGUGUUGAAGACAGAUAGCAAAUUAAAUGCUUAUUGUGUUAUUUAUUUUUACACAUUCAUGCAUGUGUGUAGACUGGACUAACAGCCCUACAUGUGGCAGUCUGCUUUGGAAAAGUGGACUUUUGAGGGAGAUUCUGAACAAAGUACCAGCCACAAUCUGCAGUAAGCCACCCAGCAGAGACGUCACAAGGAAACACCAGCUGCCCACUGAGGUGUCCCUAAUUUGCACCAACAUCACACACACACACACACACACACACACACACACACACACACACACACAAAAUCUAAUUAGUUUCCACAAACAGCUUAAGGCAAACAAAGGGAAAGUCCAAGUACAGACAGUAUAAAUACAAACACUGUGUAAAUUGCACAGUUUGUGUGAAGGAAAAAGAGGAUUAUUGAGUUUACAAUGUCUAUAACAGAACACACGAAUUGAAGAUGCUAUAAAUCAGAAAUGUUGUGUACACCACAGUGAACUUGUUUACAUGCAUGGACUAAAAAGAGGACAAUGUCAAAUGCAUAAAUCUUUUUGGCUAGUUUUGUGUGUUUAGUCUCAUAGGAUUUAAAAAAAAAAUCUGGUCAUUUUUAAAUAUCUAAAAUAUGUCAUACUAUCUAUUAUAUGAAUCUAUAAUUUGAACUAGAUAAAAGCUUAGCUGUGACGAUCUUUAACAAACAAAAAA